AUGGCUGUCAAGUGCGACCCUAACUAUCGACAUGCCGACUGGUCCUUCUACCGCUACGAACCCUCGACAGCCGCGGCCGUCAUAUUCGUCAUCCUAUUCAGUGUCACGACGCUCGUCCAUGUCUUCCAGAUGUUUAGGACAAGAACUUGGUAUAUGUUGGCAUUCUGCCUCGGUGCUGAGAUAGUUGGAUAUAUUGGUCGUGCCAUUAACUCAACCGAAGACCCCGGCUGUUGGACUCUGGGCCCCUACGUCAUCCAAAGCGUCUUACUCCUCAUCGCGCCGGCGUUGAUGGCUGCUUCUAUAUACAUGAUACUCAGCCGCGUUAUCCUCUUGACGCACGGAGAGGAACAUGCCAUCAUCAAGAGGCGAUGGUUGACCAAGAUCUUUGUUGUGGGUGAUAUUGUGUCAAUACAGCUCCAGUCCGCAGGUGGAAGUAUGAUGUCGGGAGCCAAUGAAACAAAUAACCUCAUGAAGAUUGGCGAGUACGUCAUCAUCGGCGGCCUCUUCUUCCAGCUUAUAAUCUUCGGCAUCUUCAUCGCAGUCGUCAGUGUCUUUCAUCGCCGGAUGAACCGCUCGCCUACGAACAAGAGCCUAGAGCCCUCGAUCAGGUGGCGUCAUUACCUCACUACCCUCUACGUUACGAGCGGUCUUAUUUGGGUUAGGAGUCUUUUCCGGGUUAUUGAGUACCUUGAUGGCAAUGACGGAUAUCUCAUGAGGACUGAAGCUUUCCUGUUCGUCUUCGAUGCCACCCUGAUCUGGAUUGUUACGGUUUGGAUGAAUUGGUAUCACCCCAGCGAGAUUGGACUACUUCUCCGAAACGAGUCACCGGUGGCCAACGGGUUUGAACUACUUCCGUUCGGCCGACGAUUCGAAAGAGUUCGCUCUUGA